AUGGCUACUAAGCAGGCCGCAUGCCUGAACUGUAGGAAAAGCAAGAUCAAAUGCAAGCGGACUCCCGGAGCCAGCGUGUGUGAUAAAUGCGAAGCUUCUGGUACCGAGUGCAUCAUCCCAACCUUCCAUGUGGGAAGACAGAAGGGAGUCAAAAACAAACGCACCGGGCUGGAUAAAGCAAUAUAUCAAAUUGAGGAAGCGAUCAAGAAGUCCAGGACGGAUGGCUCCUCUAGUGAAGGCACGCUUACACAGUUGCAGCAGUUGCUCAACAAAGCUCGCGAUGGAUUGGGCCGAACCGGCAGUGGUGCAGCGGCUGCGGCAUCGGCUGCACCUAUCCAGUCCGAAAAAGAUAGUAUAGCUCAAACAGGAGACGAACUACUCAGUUUGGAUGAUGCCGAGAAUCCUCUUCAGCUCCUUGCUCGGGCGUCAGAUCUCCGUCACACUGUCCCUCAACAAGCAUCUGCAAUUGCCACGCCAUCCAGUGUAGCCUUUCCAGCCGAGAGAGGGGAUUCAAUGGACAUUCAUCACUUUUUCCAACCCAUCAAAGCACGGCUGGAUCAAGGGCCUGACUUGGACCCUAUUGAUGUCGGCCUCUUGAGCCUAGAGGAGGCCGGAAUGCUAAUCUCUUACUUUCAUGAUCAACUGGCACAUACACGAUGGGGUCUCGACCCGGUCGUCCACACGGUUGACUUCAUCCGGAGACAGUCGGCGUUCCUAUUCACCUCCUUGUUGCUAGCUUCCGCUAGGUUCAUGCCCUCGGCUUCCGCGCUGGCGAAGAGGCUAUUGUUGCAUCGGAAGUUCCUCCUGCAGCAGGUGAUUGCGAGGAGAUUCCGCUCUGUAGAGAUUGUCCUCGCGUUCAUGGUGAAUGUACCAUGGAUGCAUCCUCUUGAUCACGCAGCCGACGACGAUACCGGCAUCUUCAUCUCCCUGGCCUUGAGCAUAGCAUUGGAUCUUUCUCUCAACAAGAUUAUAACCCCGUCGACGUCGGUUGGUCAAGACGUUUUGAUAACAGUGCAGAAGUCGGACUGCCUGGAAGCGAAGAGAGCCUUGGCAAUGGAUGGCUUUGAUGGCGUCGACGAGAAUUCGGAAUGGGGUCAACGGCUACUACGACGCCGCGAAAGAGCAUGGUUAUCCUUGUUCGUGCUUGAAAGAGGCGUAUGUCUUGCUCGCGGUCGCAGCUAUUGCCUCCCGAUCACAGCUCUCGUCAAAAACUGUGACGGAUGGCAUAACAAUGGUUUCUCGGAUGUUCAUGACGCUUCAUUGAUAUCGAUGGCCGUCCUCCGCCGUGACCUGGAUGGUCUACUUUCGGCUAUUCGGACGAGAUGCGACAACUACAGAGUUGUGGAUGUGGGCACAAAAGUUGCCGAAGAGAUCGAGACCAUGAUUCAAGGCUUCUUUGACCGCUGGCUUGCAAAGUGGACUUCCGCACUCGCACAAGGAGUACAGAGGUCACUUCCGCCAUAUGUCGAGAUACUCAUCACGCAUACGCGGCUUUCCACGUACAGUAGCGUCAUCAAUCACCCCACAGCGCCUCUCGAAGUUAAACGUCAAUUCAGAGCCUCCACUUUGUCAUCGGCGCUCAACGUCAUGCGGGCUGCAGUCCAAGGCGAACGAUCCCUAACCUCCAUGCCCAACAACACCGUCAUCAUGAUUUGUUUUGCGGCGUGCGUCGCGUUGAACCUUAGCCGCACAGGUGGACGGACGGGACACAAUCUUACACCAAGCAUCAGGAAUCUGAUCGGAGAGACGGCUGCGGUAUUGGAGCGGAUUGGAGCUGUCCCAAGCCAUCGAAACGGUGCUUCUGUCGUAUACGGACGGUAUCUACGGGAGCUCCUGAGACAAGCUUCUGGCCACGAAGCAGAAUUGGAUCCUACCUUGGUUCGCUUGGGCGAUCGAAUUGCAGUGGAUAUACACUCCUCGAGCACUGCAACCCUCAAGAGAUCGAUACCCACGUUCGACGAGGCGUCGCAUUCCGGAGCUACUCAGUAUAAUUCACCUUUCCAGUUCUCCACAAUGUCAAGCAACGAGGUCAACGAGACCAUUAUGAGUGCAGGGAACUUUGAUACCCAGCUCUUCGACAUGUCUGCUAUCGACGCCAGUGCUUUCAGUUGGAUGGACUGGAUGGAUCCGGCUGAAUUCGGCCAUUGGUGA